CGGGAGCUGUAGGCCCACCCCCCCGCUGCCGCGCGGUGCCUGCUGGGAGCUGUAGUCCGGCGGCCAUGGCGGAGGAAGGCGAGAGGAAGGCCGCGCUGGAGACGGUCCAGGCAGACGGGGCAGAUGGAAACUGCAUCACAUUUGUGUUGCAUGAUGAGGACCACACGCUCGGCAACUCCCUCCGGUACAUGGUCAUGAAGAACCCUGAUGUGGAGUUCUGUGGCUACUGCAUCACGCACCCCUCUGAAAGCAAGAUCAACUUUCGGAUCCAGACCAGAGGGGCCCUUCCUGCUGUUGAGCCGUUCCGGAAAGGGCUGAACGACCUGAUGGGUGUUUGCCAACACGUGCUCAACACAUUUGAGAAGAGCAUGAAGGAGUUCAGGGCCCAGAGGGAGGAGGAGAUGCAGUAGCACUUGGGGAUGGCAGUCCCCAUGGACCUGCGUAACGUCUGUGUGUUGCAUUCCCUGUCUUGUGCAUUUUUUUGUCUGGUUGUUCGUUUUUUUUUUUUUGGUUUUUUUUAUGACCGCUUUGAUGCAAACCUGUAUUUUCACUGAUAAUAAAGUUUAUGAAGUUUAAUACUGCA